AUGCAGGAUAGAGACUUAUUGUUUGUUGGCGACUUCAAUGCUCCUUUGUACAGCAGCGGUCAUAAUACUGAUGAUAGGUCCAUUACAGUAUCAACGUUUUCUGAAAUCUUAGAACUUAAGCAAUUUAAUGAUAUCGUUAAUUGUAACAGUAGAAUGCUGGAUCUUGUAUUGACAAAUUUAUAUUUGUCACCACCGGAAAAUGCAGCCGGUUUAGUUGAUGUUGAUCCAUACCAUCCCCCUCUCCUGAUAUACUUCGGUGUUAAAUCCCCUAGACCUCAUAAUUUUGGAGUUCAUGAUUCCCAUAAAGAAUUUAAUUUCAAGAAAGCGGACUUUAGGAUGAUGUAUGAGAUGAUAGGUGCCCAAGACUGGUCUGGAGUGAUGGGUGCUGCUCACCCUGAUGAGGCUUGCGAUGCUCUUUAUUCAGUCUUUAAUACAAUUUUCAUUGCCACUGUUCCUUACAAGAAGUUGAGGACCCGAAGAUUUCCGCAUUGGUAUACGUCGGAGCUUAUCAAGCUAAUUCGCAUGAAGGAGCGCUGUCAUCAAAGGUAUAAACGCUAUAAUAGAGCCAAUGAUUUUGAUCAAUUCCGGUCUCUCAGAUCAAUUAUUAAGUCAAGAACUAAAAUACUCUACAGAAAUUUCAUAUCAUCGGCGGAACGCUCAAUAAGUGAUGAUCCGAGAAGUUUUUGGGCUUUUAUUCAGGACAGAAAGGGAUACACGAGGAUUCCUGGUGUUGUGAAGGAUGGCGACAUAUCUUACAGCAGUCCGGCUGGAGUUGUUGGUGCAUUCGCUGAUUUUUUCGGGUCGGUUUAUGCAGCUGAUGACUAUGUUAAUAGUGAUGGAAUUGAGGAAAUAUGUGAUCAGAAUUUUAUUUCAGUUGAAAGUGUAUCGGAUGGUGAGGUUAGGUUGGCGGCGCGAAAACUUAGUAACAAAUUGACGGCCGGGCCAGAUUUGAUUCCUAGCUUCGUUGUGAAGGACUGCAUUGGUGUUUUGGUGCUCCCACUCAAACAUAUUUAUGAUUUGAUUUUGAAAACCAGCACAUUUCCGACCAGGUGGAAGGCUGCAAAAAUCAUUCCUGUACUCAAGAAAGGCGACUCCUCCAUCAUAAGUAAUUAUGGACCUAUAUCAAUAUUGUGUAAUUUUUCUAAAUUAUUUGAGAUAAUUUUGUUUAACGCCAUAUAUCCUAGAGUUAGAAGUAGUGUUGCAGCGGAACAGCAUGGUUUCAUGAAAAAAAGAUCAUGUUCAACUAACUUGAUUACGUUUUCGCAGUUCGUAUAUGAGAAAUUAGAUUUGGGAGGACAGUCACCACUGAGAUUUGCUUGUUCCGUUGUUAACUCUCUAGCGGAUAGAUGUGAUCUGCAUUCUCAAUCUCUGGUUCAUAUAUGUGAUUUGUAUUUGAAUGAAAACAUCUGA